UCCUCGUUCCGCCACACUUCCAUCCACUCCCCUGCUUCCUCAUUUGCUCAAGUUUCUUUCAGCUCGUUCGGUUUGUGUGUGAGAGAGAGACAGAGUAGCCUGCCUUGCCAUGGGGAAGAAGAAGAGCGGCGGCAACGGCGGCGGGGAGAAGGUGGUGGAGGUGGCGGCGAGGGAGUUCGCGCUGAAGGUGGCGAUGCACUGCAAGUGCCACGGGUGCACGGACAGGCUGCGCGCCGCGGUGCGGGACCUCACGCUGGCGCCCGGCGUCGAGGCGGUGGACCAGACCGCGGCCGAGGCCACCGGCGAGGUGCGCGUGCUCGCCACGGCCGACCCCGAGCGGCUCCGCAAGGCCCUCCGCAAGGCCACCGGCAAGAAGGUCGACCUCGUCUUCCCGCCCGCCAAGGAGCGCAAGAAGGGGGACGCCGACGCCGCCGCGGUCCAGGCGCUGCUCGCCGACCUGCAGCUGCACCACCAGUACGGGGGCCAGGCCGCGGCGCGUCACCAGUACGGGGGACAGGGCGCCGCGUGGGCCGCGAGCCAGCAGCACCAGCAGCAGCUGCUCGGCCUCGGCGGCGGGUGGAAUGGAGCCGGUGCUGGGGGCUACGGCGCGGCGUACCCGUGGCAGCCCUCCUCUGCGGCCUCCUACUACCCGGCUGCGCCCGCCGCUGGUGCUGGUUGGGGCGCGUACGGCGGCUACGGGUACGCUCCUCAGGCGCAGGCCCCGUCCCAGGGCCACGGCGGCUACUACGGCGCGAGCUCGCCGGCGUGGCACGGCCAGGGCUACUGAUCGGUCGACCGAGCCGACCGCGCGGCCGGAGACGGGCGAGUACGUCGGAUCAUCAUACCGGAUCGCCAGACGACGAUGGCAUAUACAUAUGCGUACUCCUUUUGUACUAGCAGUAUUAUAUCUCAGUUCAGUUAAUUGUUGGUAGCAAUCGGCCGGAUGAUCGGGUAGUGGUAGUAGUAGCUGUGAUCGAUACUGAAUCCAGGGAGCAGAUAUAGUACUGCUUCCUUUGCUCUUUGUUCAUGUAUAUUUUGCGGUUGAGAGAUUGUUGGAGUUCCCUAUGCUAUGCGUAUGAAUGAAAAUCGUUGGAGUUUCUACA